AUGGCACCAGAAACGCAGGCAAAACACUUUAUUAAGAAACUUGGUGUUAAACUUUGUAAAACUAAAGCUGUUGCUGAUGCUAUUCGUACUAGUCUUGGACCAAGAGGCAUGGACAAAAUGAUCCAGAGCCCAAAUGGAGAUGUAACUAUUAGCAAUGAUGGUGCAACCAUUUUGAAACAAAUGCAAGUGUUGCAUCCAGCUGCCAAAAUGCUUGUAGAGUUGUCAAAGUCACAGGAUGUUGCGGCUGGUGAUGGUACCACAACUGUAGUUGUUAUAGCUGGUAGCUUACUGGAUGCUAGUGCUAAACUCCUAGCCAAAGGUAUACACCCCACUACAAUUUCUGAGGCAUUUCAGAAAGCAUCUGAUAAAGCAGUUGAAAUCCUUGAAGGCAUGUCAACUCCUGUUGAUCUCACUAACAGGGAAGCUCUAAUACAGAGUGCUACUACAUCACUUAGUUCUAAAGUUGUUUCACAGUACAGUAAUUUACUGGCACCAAUAGCUGUAGAUGCUGUUCUCAAAGUGGUAGAUCCAUCACAUAGCGACAAUGUUGAUCUUAAAGACAUCAAAAUAAUAAAGAAACUUGGAGGUACAAUUGAAGAUACUCAACUUAUUGAUGGUGUAGUUUUUACUCAAAAGGUGGCUGGCGGGGGACUGCAUAAAAUUGAGAAAGCCAAGAUUGGAUUGAUACAGUUCUGUCUCUCUCCACCAAAAACUGAUAUGGAAAACCAAGUAGUUGUAUCAGAUUAUGCUCAAAUGGACAGAGUUUUACGAGAAGAAAGACAAUACAUUUUAAACUUGAUAAAGCAAAUCAAAAAAGCUGGUUGUAAUGUAUUACUAAUACAAAAAUCUAUUUUGAGGGAUGCAGUGAAUGAUUUGGCUUUACAUUUCCUAGCCAAAAUGAAGAUAAUGGUGGUCAAAGAUAUUGAAAGAGAUGAUAUUGAAUUUAUAUGCAAGAGUUUAGGAUCUCGUCCCAUAGCGAGUAUUGAUCAUUUUCUACCAGAGAAUUUAGCUGUAGCUGAUACUGUGGAAGAAUUUGGUGCUGGUGCAGGUGGCAAGUUAGUCAAGGUUAUAGGAGCAGCCAAUCAAGGCAGGACUGUGUCUGUUUUAAUUUAUGGAUCUAAUAAAUUAGUUAUAGAAGAGGCUGAUAGAUCAAUACAUGAUGCACUGUGUGUUAUAAGGUGUCUUGUUAAGAAAAGAGCCCUCAUUGCUGGUGGAGGAGCACCAGAAACAGAAAUGUCGCUACGACUGAUGGAACAUGCAAGGUCACUCACGGGGAUGGAAGGUUACUGCUUCAGAGCAUUUGCAGAAGCACUGGAAGUGAUUCCAUAUACAUUGGCUGAGAAUGCUGGACUCAAUCCUAUAUCUGUUGUAACUGAAUUACGUAAUAGACAUGUACAGGGUGAAAAGACAGCUGGUAUUAAUGUCAGAAAGGGUUGUAUUACUAAUAUCUUGGAAGAGAAUGUUGUUCAACCAUUAUUAGUAUCUACUAGUGCAAUUCAACUUGCAUCAGAAUGUGUACGGAGUAUUAUGAAGAUUGAUGAUAUCGUUACAACUCGUUAAAGAAAUACAAGAUACUGAGCAAGAAUUUUCUUCACCAAUCAAGUGACUCCUUGGUCAGCUGACAAUGACUCUCUAAUACUUGUCUUUAAAUAUAUAAUGAAUGUAAUUGUGCGACCUAAUGUAUUUAUGCUGUAUUUUAUAUUUUGAGGUACAUCAAGCAAUCAUGUUAGCAAGUUCAUCGUUCUUUGUUGGUGUGAAAUGCUUGUUUAAGUGUCUCUAUGGCUCAAGAUUUUGUGUAUGCUACAAACCUUUUACUUUUGUAUUAUCUCGUGUAUAUAAAGAAAUAAACAUUUCCCCACACCAGGACAAAA